CAAAUAUUUACUAAAUGACAGAACUGCAAAAAAAAAAAAAAAAAAAAAAAAAAGAACACUAACAGUCACACAACCAUCCUGCAAUACAGAUGCUGUAUGUGCUUUACAAUCCUCGCAGCAAAACCACUUCUUGCUUCUUGCAAUAUAAAAUAUUACAUGAAUAGUGUCUCAUGUUGUUCCCCUUACUGUUUGUGAAAUUAAGCUUCGAUUUGAGCAGCAUCUGGUUUCCUCCAUGCCACUGCAAAACCAUGCCAAAAGUAGUUGUAGUUUUCUGGUGUCCCAGUAAUAACUUAUCGCACAAAUUCUGUAUAUAAUUACAGCAGGCAUACUGCCUGUCAUUUACGUAAUGAACACAAUAAAAGAGCAAGCAUUGUUAAAAGUGGUUUUGAAAACAUUGUUUUCAUAAUUUCAAAUAAUCUUUUCUUUUACUUACACUUUUCUUAAAGUUUGAAUUUUCAAGUUUAUCUCUUAAUAAACUACAUCUUCAGCUGCUACACCAUUGGUGAUUAGCUGAGUGGAUUCAGCGUGGUGUGUGAAGAGAGACAUAUAGAUGAUGAUCUUAAAUUCAUCAGGUGGCAAUGAAAUAUGUCACAAAGACCCAGCACAUGGACUGAUUGAGAUCACUCUCACCAUCCUGGCCGACAAAGGUCACAUAGUGCCAGAGAUAAUCAGGCUCUUGGAGUGGACGGACCACCCUGACCACUUCAUCCUGGUCCUGGAAUGUCCCUCUCCCUGUGAAAACCUGGUGGAGUUCAUCAGGCGUCACGGUGGAAGCCUCGAUGAAGAAACAACAAGGCAGAUCAUGUGGCAGGCGGCUCACAAUAAAAUGCAUUAUAUAAAAUACAAUAAUAAAGACUUGUCGCAAGGGGGCGAUAGUGUUUCUGUUUAUUGUCUAGACCAGUGGUUUUCAAACCUGUCCUGGAGGCACCCCGUCCUGCACCUGUUUUAAAUCAGCUCGUUAUUAGAGACUGCAAGAACUAAAUUGCGUUUGUGAUAUGGAAAACAAUUACUGAGAUCUGAAAUCUGAAUUUGAGGAUGCUGCCACAAUUACAAAUGUGAAAAUACAAAGAAAAACGCAUUACAUUACAGCAGAGAGAUACACAACAAUAUGCAGAGCUCCACACUCACACACACUUUUACAAAGACAAGCUAGACCUGUACUAUUAUAAUGUUUACAUGUAUCUUUCAGUUGUACGAAUGGUUAUAGUCAUAAUUUAUAGUAUGAACUAUGGAUUUAUUCUUACAUUAAUAGUCAUUGCAGGAUUUUAUGUACUGCAGUUGAGUAUUAUGUAACGUAUUUUGUACUAGAUCUUUUGUAACAUUAGAUACAUCACAAAUAUGCAGGAUUCGCUAUUAUUUACAUAUAUGUACAGUACAUACC